AUGAAUUCUCAUAAAGAAGGCCUGGAGAUUCUCUACUUGACCCUGCUUUUGUUUGGAGCCCUGGGGAAUAUGUUCCUUGUCUAUCUACACAGCCAGAAGCUCAUCAUAGGUCCCAGAAAAAGACUCAUUAGCCUGAUAAUUAUCAACUUGGCUUUAGCUCAUACUCUGAUGAUUUUUUUCAGAGGAAUCCCUAUAAUAAUAAUUACUUGGGGAUGGAGAACUUUUCUAGAUGACAUGAUGGGGAAAAUCUUAAAUUACCUCAUAAGAGUGACCCGGGGAGUUUCCCUCACCACCACCUGCCUCUUGAGUGUCUUCCAGGCCAUCACUAUCAGUCCCAACCACCCGCUACGGAUAGAGAUCAAAACUUGGAUCCACAAACAUAUUAUUUCCUGCUCUUUACUCUGCUGGAUUUUCAAUAUUCUGGUAGAUGUCAUAAUGGCAGCAAAUAUAAGUGAUGCAACAAACAGCAGUAAUGAAAGAUGGAGGAUUGGACAUAGCUCUUUCAACUUGCACACAGGAAAUACCAUAAAAAUUCUCAUUUGGAAAUCAGUUAUUGAUGCUCUCUUUGUGGGGCUCAUGAUCUGCUCAAGUGGCUACAUGGUAUCUGUCCUCUAUAGACACAGACGGCAAGUCCAACAUAUUCACACCAGCCUCCUACUCAGAGCCUCCCAUGAGACCAGAGCCACCAAAGCCAUCCUGAUGCUUGUGGUCAAUUUUGUCUGCUUUAACUCGGCCAGUUCUCCUUUCAUCAUUUAUAUAGCUUCUGCUAAAGCAACUAAGCACUGGGGACUACGUUUCACUGUUGCCCUUUCCCUGUUUUAUCCAAUAGUUAGCCCCUUCAUGCUGAUCAGCUUCGACACCCAGAUGCCCAGGUCUUUGAAUAUUCUCUUAGGCCUGAAAAGGUUAGGACAGGAAGAACUCUCAAGUUAA